CCUGCUGGCCAUUUCUUCUCAGCCACGCCGGAGUCGUGCGUUCAGUCUGUGUCGACGCCAGGACCCACGAGGAGACGAUGAUGUUGGGCACCGAAGGCGGAGAGGGAUUCGUGGUGAAGGUCCGGGGCUUGCCCUGGUCUUGCUCGGCAGACGAGGUGCAGCGUUUUUUUUCUGACUGCAAAAUUCAAAAUGGGGCUCAAGGUAUUCGUUUCAUCUACACCAGAGAAGGCAGACCGAGUGGCGAGGCUUUUGUUGAACUUGAAUCAGAAGAUGAAGUCAAAUUGGCCCUGAAAAAAGACAGAGAAACUAUGGGACACAGAUAUGUUGAAGUAUUCAAGUCAAACAACGUUGAAAUGGAUUGGGUGUUGAAGCAUACUGGUCCAAAUAGUCCUGACACGGCCAAUGAUGGCUUUGUACGGCUUAGAGGACUCCCCUUUGGAUGUAGCAAGGAAGAAAUUGUUCAGUUCUUCUCAGGGUUGGAAAUCGUGCCAAAUGGGAUAACAUUGCCGGUGGACUUCCAGGGGAGGAGUACGGGGGAGGCCUUCGUGCAGUUUGCUUCACAGGAAAUAGCUGAAAAGGCUCUAAAGAAACACAAGGAAAGAAUAGGGCACAGGUAUAUCGAAAUCUUUAAGAGCAGUCGCGCUGAAGUUAGAACUCACUAUGAUCCACCACGAAAGCUUAUGGCCAUGCAGCGGCCAGGUCCCUAUGACAGGCCUGGAGCUGGCAGAGGGUACAACAGCAUUGGCAGGGGGGCUGGCUUUGAACGGAUGAGGCGUGGUGCUUACGGUGGAGGUUAUGGAGGCUAUGAUGAUUAUAACGGCUAUAAUGAUGGCUAUGGAUUUGGGUCGGAUAGAUUUGGAAGAGACCUCAAUUACUGUUUUUCAGGAAUGUCUGACCACAGAUACGGGGAUGGUGGCUCUACUUUCCAGAGCACAACAGGACAUUGUGUACACAUGCGGGGAUUGCCUUACAGAGCUACUGAGAAUGACAUUUAUAACUUUUUUUCACCGCUCAAUCCUGUGAGAGUACAUAUUGAAAUUGGUCCUGAUGGCAGAGUAACUGGUGAAGCGGAUGUCGAGUUUGCAACUCACGAAGAUGCUGUGGCAGCUAUGUCAAAAGACAAAGCAAAUAUGCAACACAGAUAUGUAGAACUCUUCUUGAAUUCUACAGCAGGAGCAAGCGGUGGUGCUUACGAACACAGAUAUGUAGAACUCUUCUUGAAUUCUACAGCAGGAGCAAGCGGUGGUGCUUAUGCAAACCAGUCCAGUUAUGGCGGCCCAGCCAGUCAGCAGCUGAGUGGUGGUUAUGGAGGCGGCUAUGGUGGCCAGAGCAGCAUGAGUGGAUAUGACCAAGUUUUACAGGAAAACUCCAGUGAUUUUCAAUCAAACAUUGCAUAGGCAGCCAAGGCGCAGUGAACAGCAGCUACUACAGUAGUGGAAGCCGAGCAUCUCUGGGCGUGAACGGAAUGGGAGGGAUGUCUAGCA